AUGGGUUUGGAUAGGAGUCGGAUACUGGAAACAUCGCUGUUUGAUCUGGAGCAGAUUGUCACGGUGCAAUACCUAAGCAGGCAUGCUGAUUUGCCGAUCGAUGAUGCGAAAGAUGAAUUAGCUGAAUUUCUAAAACAGAAUAAAAAUAGAACGGAAUUGCAUGCAGUAUACAUUGUGAGUGGGGAGCUCAGUGUACCAGAUCUUGAUAGUGGCAGUACCACAGGUAAUGCAGCAGUCACUCGCAAGCUUCAUCGAACGCAAUUAGUUCGUGACUGUGAUUUAGAAGAAACACGACAAGCUUACAGGAAGAUGGAAACAUGCGAAAUUUAUUGUUUACACACAAAACCCAUUAAGAGUCUUUGUUUGUUGUAUUCCGUAGAUAGUUUGGAAGACGCCGAGUAUGAGCGGACUGAUUCUGAACGGAGCUGGCUAUCAUAUCCAGAAGCGGAAACAAAGAAAAAAGAGAUGUUGGCACACUAUAGCGCUAUUUCUGUGUCUGAACCUCAAAGAAAAAGGACACAGAAGGAGGAAUUGUUGUCUACAUCGAAGCUUUCAGAACCGACCACUAAAAAGACAAGGGAUAAUAUGACUUCUCUAUUUGCACAAGCAGUAAAGCAAAAUAAACAAAAAAAACGGUAA